ACUUCCACAUKUUYCAGACUUSAUAACCACGACCCAGGUUAAGAUGGGAAUCUUAAAGGACCUGAACCAAAGUGAAGCUGUUCACAUUUUACAGGUUAUUAUUGGCUGUGAAUGGCAGGAAAGGACAAAAGAAACAACCUCAUUUUUACAGUUUGGAUAUAACGGAGCAGACUUUAUGAAAUUUGACCCAAAGAAGUUGACAUGGAUUCCUCAAACUCCUCAGGCUGUCAGCAUCAAACCAAAAUGGGAAGCUGAUGAAUCUACAUACCAUUUGAAGCACAAGGACUUCUUAAAUCAUAUAUGCCCUGAUUGGCUGAAGAAAUAUAUGGCCAAUAACCAAGGCCCUCUGCAGAGCACAGUUCUUCCCUCGGUGUUUCUCCUCCAGACGUCUCCUGACUCCCCAGUCAACUGCUUUGCUACUGGUUUCUAUCCCAACAAAGCUGUGAUGUUCUGGAGAAAGGAUGGAGAGGAGAUUCAGGACGGUGUGGACAAAACAGAGAUCCUCUCUAACCAGGAUGACACCUUCCAGAUGAGAGCAGACAUUAAUGUUUCAUCUGUUAACCCAGAAGACUGGGAAAGAUAUGAGUGUGUGUUUCAUCUGGUGGAUGUCAGAGAUGAUGUUGUCAGCAGACUGGAGAAAGAAAAGAUCCAAACCAACUGGGGGAAGAGACAGAAACAUAAUGAUGAGGAAAAGCCCAUUGGAUUGAUAGUUGGAAUCACUGCUGCAGUGGUUUUUCUUGUCAUUGUUGCUGCUGUUGGAUUUACAGUCAUCAAAAAUAGGAAAGCUCCCAUCAACAGCAUUGAAUUGUCUGAGAGAUUCAAUCAAGAAACCAGACUGAAGUCAAAUCUGGACUCUAACAGUUAAAACAAGUUUAAAACAGAGAACACUAUCCUGUUCAGAAAAUUUGAUUGUAUGAACAAAGUUUGCAUUCAACACAUUUUGAGUCCUUCAUUGCAAGUCUGUAAAGAUGUCUUCCUUAAGGAGAAAGCUCCAAAUGACUAUUGUAUUGAGAACUGAGGGGGAAAAAGUGCUU